AUGUAUGUGAAGCAGAUCAUCAUCCAAGGCUUCAAGAGCUACAAGGACCAAACCGUUAUCGAGCCAUUUUCUCCUAAACACAAUGUCAUCGUCGGGCGCAACGGUUCUGGCAAGAGUAACUUCUUCGCCGCAAUUCGAUUUGUCCUCAGCGAUGCCUAUACUCACCUCGGAAGAGAGGAGCGUCAGGCCCUUCUGCAUGAAGGUUCUGGUUCAGCUGUGAUGUCUGCCUACGUGGAGAUCAUCUUCGACAACUCUGACGAUCGUUUCCCCACCGGCAAGCCGGAGGUUGUCCUUCGCCGCACCAUUGGUAUCAAGAAGGAUGAGUAUACUCUCGAUCGCAAGAACGCAACUAAGAACGAUGUCAUGAACCUCCUCGAGUCUGCCGGUUUCUCUCGGUCCAACCCCUACUAUAUCGUCCCCCAGGGUCGCGUCACUGCCUUGACAAACAUGAAGGAUUCCGAACGACUCGUUCUGUUGAAGGAGGUAGCUGGUACCCAGGUGUAUGAAGCCCGUCGAUCGGAGUCUCUCAAGAUCAUGAAUGAGACAAACAGCAAACGGACGAAAAUUGAUGAGCUUCUGGACUACAUCAAUGAGCGACUUGCUGAACUCGAGGAAGAAAAAGAUGAAUUGCGAAGUUACCAGGAAAAAGACAAAGAAAGGCGUUGCUUGGAGUACACUAUUUACUCUCUGGAACAGCAAGAGAUCGGUAAAGUCCUGAGCGAAAUCGAGGAGCGCCGGCAAAAUGGCGUCGAGGAUGCCGACAACAACCGAGAACAAGAGAACAAAUUGCAAAAUGCAAUUGACCAGAUCGAUGCCGAGAUCACCGAAUGUCGUCAGCAAAUUGAGUUCCUCAAGGUUGACAAGGCUCAACUUGAAGAUGAGCGUCGUGAGGCAUCAAAGACUUUGGCCCAGCAUGAACUCCAAGCCAAGUCUCUUUCUGACAACCAGGCCGCGGCUCAGGCAUUGAAGUCGCGAUACGACGCCGACUUGACUUCUGUCCAAGAAGCCAUCCAGGAGCGCGAAUCUGAGCACCAGGAAAUUCUCCCCCGAUUCAAGGCCUUGAAGGAUCAGGAAGACGGUGUGAAAUCUAAACUUACUGAUGCUGAAACAUCCCGCCAGCGAUUGUACGCGAAGCAAGGGCGUAACUCGCGGUUCAAGAACAAGUCUGAGCGUGACAAGUAUCUGAACAUGGAGAUUCGCGAAAGUCACAAUUCAAUCAAGUCUGUUCAGGGCGUGGUGUCCCAGACGCAGGAAGACAUGCAGGAGCUGGAAUCAACAAUUGCUGCCCUCGAGCCAGAGACGGAGCAACUCCGUGAACAAAUUGAUGGCCGAGGAGACACCAUGCACUCUGUAGACCAAAAGGUGCAAGAAGCCAAGGACGAAAGAGAUCGUCUGAUGGACCAGAGAAAGGAGCUCUGGAGAGAAGAGGCGAAGCUGGACUCUGUCAUCUCAAACGCAUCCCAAGAAGCCGAUCGGGCCGAGCGCAGCCUGUCAUCUAUGAUGGAUCACAACACCAGUCGGGGAACAGCUGCUGUGCGUCGCAUUAAACGUCAGCACAACCUUGAGGGUGUUUACGGUACUCUUGCCGAGCUCUUCGACGUGAACGACAGGUACCGCACAGCUGUGGAAGUCACCGCCGGUCAGAGUUUGUUCCAUUACGUCGUAGACACAGAUGAGACUGCUACGACUGUCUUGGAAAUUCUCCAGAAAGAGAAAGCAGGUCGUGUGACGUUUAUGCCAUUGAACAGACUUCGGACCCGGCCUUUGGACAUGCCUCGUGCUAGUGACACAAUCCCAAUGAUUGAGAAGUUGCAGUACGACCCGGCAUAUGAGCGAGCCUUCCAGCACGUGUUUGGCAAGACCAUCAUUUGCCCCAAUCUGCAGGUUGCUUCCCAGUACGCACGCAGUCAUGGUGUGAAUGCCAUCACUCCCGAGGGUGACAGAUCGGACAAGCGUGGUGCUUUGACUGGUGGUUACCAUGACUCGCGGUCGUCUCGACUAGACGCUGUUAAGAACGUGGGCAAGUGGAGAGAUGAGUGUGAAACCAAGCGGAGCCGAGGCACCGAAAUCCGGAAAGAGCUGGAGCAACUUGAUCAGAUGAUCACAAGGGCUGUCGGUGAAUUGCAGAAGCUUGAACAGCAGAGACACCAGGUCCAGAACUUCAGCGGUCCCUUGCGUCAAGAGUUGCGCACGAAGCGUGAUCUUCUCCAAAACAAGAGGGAUACUCUCGACUCCAAACGACGUGCGCUUCGGAAUCUUGAGUCUAGCCUUGCAGCUCUGGAUGACCAGGUCAAUGCGUCCCAGGCAGAAUUGUCCACACCCUUCCAAAAGGCCCUCACCGGCGAGGAAGAGGAGCGACUCGAAAGUUUGGGCGCUACAAUUAAAGAACUCCGUCAGCAAUACCAAGAAUUAUCCGGUCAGCGCAGCGAGUUGGAGGCUCGCAAGUCGGUGCUGGAGGUUGAGCUUCGGGAAAACCUGAACCCUCGUCUUGACCAACUGCUCAACAGGGAUGUUGACUUGGCCGAUGAGGAGGCUCAUGGUAAUCUCAAGGAAACCCAGCGUGAAGUCAAGCGACUUGGCCAAGCUUUGGAGAAGCUCACCAAACGGCUUCAACAGGUUGAUUCAUCGAUCGAGGAAGGCAGUACUCGUAUUGUUGAAUUGGAACAGCGUAACGCAGAGACCCGCCGCGAGGUCGAUGAGCUCCGACGCUCCAUCGACAAACAUCGCCGCCGCAUGGAGAAGAGCACGCAGAAGAAGGCGGCACUCACGAAGCAAGGUGCCGAGUGUGCAGCGAACAUCCGCUCACUCGGUGUUCUCCCCGACGAGGCAUUCACCAAGUACCAAAAUACCGACUCCAACACCGUUGUCAAGAAGCUCCACAAGACCAACGAGGCUCUCAAGAAGUAUUCCCACGUCAACAAGAAGGCUUUCGAGCAGUACAACAGUUUCACCAAGCAGCGUGAGACCUUGACCACCCGUCGUUCCGAGCUGGAUGCCUCGCAGAAGUCCAUCGACGACCUUAUUUCUGUUCUUGAUCAGCGCAAGGACGAGGCCAUCGAGAGAACAUUCAAGCAGGUCUCUCGCGAGUUCCACAAUGUGUUUGAAAAGCUUGUCCCGGCCGGUCGUGGUCGUCUCAUUAUUCAACGCAAGACAGAUCGUGCAACUCGCCCGGGUGAGGAGGUUGAUUCCGACGAUGAAGAUGCGCGCCAGAGCGUGGAGAACUAUGUCGGUGUUGGUAUCAGUGUCAGCUUCAAUAGCAAGCACGACGACCAGCAACGUAUCCAGCAGCUGAGUGGUGGACAGAAGAGUCUUUGCGCACUUGCACUCGUCUUUGCCAUCCAGGCUUGCGAUCCCGCACCAUUCUACCUCUUUGACGAGAUUGACGCCAAGUUGGACGCCCAGUACCGAACUGCUGUCGCACAGAUGCUCAAGUCGAUUUCCGACUCCACAAACGGGCAGUUCAUCUGCACCACCUUCCGACCCGAGAUGCUGCACGUGGCGGAGAAGUGUUACGGCGUGAGCUUCCGACAGAAAGCCAGUACGAUUGAUGUGGUUUCGAGGGAGGAGGCGCUCAAGUUCGUGGAGGAGCAAAAGACUUGA